AUGGCUGCAAACUCCGCGAGGAUAGAGUGUGACGACACAAUCCCUUUAACUUGCUCGAUAGAGAAGGCUAAUAUUAUCGACUCUCACGUUGAAUAUGUGUUAAUAGUGCAACGUGGAUCUAAUCCGGAAAAUUUCUGGAAGGUUCAGCGUCGCUAUAAUGACUUCGUAACACUUCAUGCAGCAUUACAAAUCUCUGGCAGGGAUUUACCUUUACCUCCUAAAAAGCUUUUUGGAAAUCUAGACAAAGACUUUGUAGCAAAGAGAAAGCAACAGUUGCAGGUAUACGUCAAUGUAAUCCUGGAAGACCCUUUCCUAUCACAUUGUCUUACGGUCAAGAAAUUCUUCGACCCUACUCGCUAUACUAUAGACUUCUACGACAUUGCGUUACGGAACGUUUCUAUGUUCUUCCGAUCGGAUCAAACUUGGGACAUUGUUGAAUCGCUGAGGAGCAUUGGCUGGAGACUGCGUAAGAAUUAUUUCUUAGUAAAGUCAAAACAGGAUAUUAAAGCAUCGAAAAUGUUAUCUUGGGCAGAUAUUGGCCACUUAUCAAAGAUAUCUAAUAAAGAUCGCCAAUCUGUCCUAAAACUACUACCAACUAUGCAGCAUCCAUACAUUCAGUCCGUACUGCUAGCUGACAGUAACGACUUAGGAGGUGUUAUUAUCAGAAACUUCAGCAUGCAAGGAUCUCUUCGUGAUUAUAUUUGUAAGACUAAGAUAAAGCAACACUACAUAAAGAAAUAUGCGAAUCCAAAAUUAUAUCACGCAUUACCUCUUCCUGAAAUUAAAACGUUUGGUCGUCAGAUAUUAGAGACUAAGGAAAACGAAGACUCAUACUGUUUCGGACGCGUUCUAUAUGAAAUGGCGUUCGGAGAGCAGUUAACGACAGCAGCUCUAGAAGCAGUUCCAGCUAGGCUAUUCUGUGACGUUAUUUUAACCGCCGGAAUCGAAAAACCAACGCUGAAGAUACCUAGCAAAUUAAAAGAAGUUUUACGAACCAUCCAUGAGCACAGCGAACUUAAACUACGAGAAGAGCAGAAAAUAUUGAGCCAAUUUAAGCGAUUUUCGAAGGUACAAGCUCAACAGCCGUCAAUAGAAGAACGAAAGAAAAAGCGUAAGAAUGGGAAAGCGAAGAAACCGCAGUCUGAUGCAAGCGACAAUCAGCGCGAUCAACCGAAUACUUCAUACGUAGAAGGUGCAAUGAACUUUAUUAAAUGCUCUAAUCUUAUGCCUUGCUACGAAGUCAAAGCAAAGCCAUCUGAAGCGAUUGACGACGCAAAUUUGAUCCGAUCAUGCGCCAUGCACAAUGCACAUACUUGCAAUAAGGAUCUUCUGCAUUAUCAAUUCAGACUCGCGUACUAUACUAUAGUGUCACAUAGCAUAUAUCAGGGCUAUUUUAUGAUCAUUGAGGUUAACAACUAA